CAUAAGGCUCAUGCAUAUCAACAUUUUCGUAUCUCUUUCCUUUCUUCCUCGUCCUUUCACAACAUGGAUCCUCUGUUUUCAACUUCCGGUACCGGAAAAUGGGUCGGGUUGGUGGCAGCUAUUUGGGUUCAGGCAAUUUGUGGCAACAACUACACAUUUGCUAAUUACUCCCAUGCGUUGAAAUCACUUAUGGCUCUUACUCAGCUGCAGCUCAAUAACCUUUCGGUCGCUAAAGAUGUCGGCAAGGCUUUCGGACUCGUUUCAGGCUUCGCUUCCGAUUGUUUGCCGACGUCGGUUUUACUUAUCGUCGGAUCACUCGAAGGGCUUAUAGGAUAUGGGGCUCAAUGGCUUGUUGUUAGCCAGAGAAUUCGUCCUCUUCCAUACUGGCAGAUUUGUAUAUUUAUGUGUCUGGGAGGCAAUAGCACGACAUGGAUGAACACGGCGGUUCUAGUGACUUGCAUGCGGAAUUUUCCGAAAAAUCGAGGCCCGGUGUCGGGGAUCCUUAAGGGCUACCUUGGACUCGGCACUGCAAUAUUCACUGAUAUAUGCACGGCUCUCUUUUCUUCGGACCCUUCUACAUUGCUCUUCAUUCUAGCCAUUGUUCCGACCGUUGUUUGCCUCGUUGCUGCCAUCGUCCUCCAUGAAACCUCUCCGGCUUCAAAGCCAAGUGAAUUCGAACAAGAAACGCAAUAUUUCCACGUCUUCAAUGGCAUAGCUAUCACAUUAGCUGUCUAUCUUUUGGCGUUUGACAUCACUGGAAGUCAUGGCCAGCUUCUGUCAUUGGUAUUUGCAGUAGGACUUCUCAUCCUAUUAGCUUCUCCAUUGGGAAUCCCAUUAUAUUCUGUUCUGUCCAAACCAAGGUCCGAUUCCGAUAUUGAGCAACCGAUGAAAGUUCCAUUGCUAGAGGACCAAUCAAAGAAGUCGAAGACAACAACACCGACAACGACAACUGCUGGUGUUGAGCUGCAGUAUACCGAACGAAAACAACCGUUAAUCGGACAAGACCAUACGAUGGUCGAGAUGCUACAAACAUUCGAUUUCUGGUUAUUAUUUUUCUCAUUUCUCUGCGGUGUUGGAACAGGACUGUGUGUGAUGAACAACAUGGGACAAAUGGGGAUAGCUGUCGGAUACUCUGAUGUAUCCAUUUUCAUAUCUCUUACUAGCAUCUGGGGCUUCUUUGGACGCAUUGCUUCAGGUUUAUUAUCCGAAUACUUCAUCUGGAAAUUUGGGACACCAAGGCCUCUAUGGAAUGCAGCAUCUCAAGUUAUAAUGGCUAUCGGAUAUAUCAUCAUGGCCUUUUCCUUUCCAGGCUCACUAUACAUCGGAUCGAUCCUGGUCGGGAUAUGCUACGGGGUCCGGUUGACGAUAACGGUCCCGGUUGCUUCGGAGUUGUUCGGGCUGAAAUAUUAUGGUCUUUUGUACAACGUACUUAUCCUCAAUCUUCCCGUGGGAUCGUUUCUUUUCUCUGGACUGCUUGCUGGGUAUCUAUACGAUGCCCAGGCCACUCCGGUUGCUGGUGGAGGUAACACGUGUGUUGGGGCACAUUGUUACUGCCUUGUGUUUGUGAUUAUGGCUAUAACAUGCGUUCUUGGAUUGGGGCUGGAUGUGUUGUUGGCUAUCAGAACCAGAAAUGUUUAUGUCAGGAUUCAUGAAAGCAAACGGUCCAUUGCUACAUCUACACCAGAUUCUUCUUCAGCAAAAUGCUAAUAGAAUUAAUUGUGUGAAAAGUUUUCAUUUUUUUAAAAGUAUUUGUAUAUGAAAUUUGCGUUCGACAUAUGAUUGGUCACGAGAAUAGUUUCUAAAUAUACUGAAAAAUAA